AUGGCGGCGCUCCCUUCCCCCGGCCGCCCUCAAGAAAAAUGGCCGCACACUCAUUCUCCAGCCCCCCGGCGGCGGCGGCGGCGGCGGAGCAGCGGCACCGGCGCGGCGGGAGAUGGCGAGGAGCGGGCGGCCGCCAGCACCGUGUCCGGGAAGAAGGACCCGUUCCCGGGCCCCGCGCCGCUGCCGCGGCCGCGGGUGAAGCGGUUCCUGCGGGGGACGGAGAAGAAGCAGCCCCGGGCGAGGAGCCAGCGCCUGCGGGGCCACCUGAAGCUGGCGGAGCGCCGGGAGGAGAUGGCGGCGGCGCGGGCCGCCCGGCUGGACCUGCUGCUGCCCGAGGAGCCCGGCUUCCUGGAGGUUGAUCCCGGCGAGGACACUUGCACCGUGAGCCAGGCCGACAUCGCCGCCGCCGUGGACAUCGCCAGCGCCGCCAAGCACUUCGAGCUGAGGCUGGAGCAGUUCGGACCCUACCGGCUCGAUUACACCCGUCCCGGGCGGCACCUGCUGCUGGGCGGCCGCCGAGGGCACGUGGCGGCGCUGGACUGGCAAACCAAGGCGCUGACGUGCGAGAUCAACGUCAUGGAGACGGUGGCGGACGUGACGUGGCUGCACGCCGAGACCAUGUUCGCCGUGGCCCAGCGCCGGUGGCUCUACGUCUACGACAACCAGGGCAUCGAGCUCAACUGCCUCAAGCGCUUCCCCGACGUCCUGCGCAUGCAAUUCCUGCCCUACCACUUCCUCCUGGCCACGGCGAGCGCCACGGGUUUCCUGCAGUACCUGGAUAUCUCCGUGGGCAAGGAGGUGGCCGCCACGUGCACGCGAGGCGGGCGGUUGGCCGUCAUGGCCCAGAACCCCGCCAACGCCGUCGUCCACCUGGGCCACAGCAACGGCACCGUGACGCUCUGGAGCCCCAGCGUCAAGGAACCGCUGGCGCGGAUGCUGUGCCACCACGGCGCCGUGCGGGCGCUGGCCGUCGACCGCGGCGGCACGUACAUGGCGACGGCCGGGCUCGACCGUAAGCUGCGGCUCUUCGACCUGCGGACGUACCGGCCGCUGCAGGCGCUGGUGCUGCCGCAGGGCGCCGCGCACCUCGACUUCAGCCAGCGCGGCUCGCUGGCGGCCGCCUGCGGGGACGUGGUGCAGAUCUACCGGGACGCGGCGCUCGAGCUGCCCCGCAAACCCUACCUGUGCCACCGGCUGCCGGCGCCGGCGCACGGCCUCCGCUUCUGCCCUUACGAGGACGUGCUGGGCGCCGGGCACGGCGCCGGCUUCGCCAGCCUCCUGGUGCCAGGCGCCGGCGAGGCCAAUUUCGACGCGUUGGAGAGCAACCCGUACCGGAGCCGCAAGCAGCGGCAGGAGUGGGAGGUGAAGGCGCUGCUGGAGAAGAUCCCGGCCGAGCUCAUCACGCUGGACCCGACCCGCCUGGAGCGCGUGGACACGGCCAGCAUGGAGCAGAAGCGGCGCGAGAAGGUCCAGCGGCUGGGCUUCGACCCCGACGCCAAGCGCAAGUUCCAGCCGCGGCGCAAGGCCAAGGGCGGCGGCUCGGCCGGCAGCCUGCUGCGGCGCAAGAGGAAGGUGGCCCACGAGGAGCAGCGGGCCGCCAUCCGCCAGAGCCUGCAGCAGCGGCAGCAGCAGCAGCCGGCGCAGAGAGCGGCGGCCCCGGCGGCCCCCGCCCGCCGCUCGGCUCUCGACCGCUUCAAGAAGCAGCCGGCGCCGCAGCCGCCUUCCUCCCGCCUCCAUUAAACCUUCCCCGCGUC